AUGAGUCCAAAGGGCUUUAGUUCUCUCUCUAUCUUCCCAUCUGAGAGAGAGAGAGAGAGAGAGAGAGAGAGAGAGAGAGAGAGAGAGCGACCUGAUGAGGGCAACCCUUUAGACCUCAACAACUUGCCUGAUGAUCAUUUCAGUAGAGAUGGUAAACAAGUUGCCGAGGACAGCUCCUCUGUUGCAGGCUACAGAAAAAAGAAAAGCGGCGCAAAAGAUGGAAAAGACGAGUGUGGGAAGGUCUACGAGUGUAGGUUUUGUUCCCUCAAGUUCUGCAAAUCUCAGGCCCUUGGGGGACACAUGAAUCGCCAUCGUCAAGAAAGGGAGACAGAAACACUCAACAAGGCUCGUCAGCUAGUCUUCAGUAACGAUAACCUAGCCGCCCCUCCUCCUCCUCCUCACCUAGGAUGCUGCCAUCCAAUUACACCGGCAGGAUAUCAUCAUCCGGCAGCUGCAGGCAACAACAUUGGCGGUGACCCAACAUUACCUCUCAGAUUCCCAGCAAGAAUGUUUUCUGGCUCUUCGUCAAGUACCCUCGUACCACCACCGCCUCCGCCGGGGGUGCCACAGCCGGGUGUUCAACCGCCUCAACAACCAUAUUUAUACUCCUCUCCUUCGCGGCCCAUGUCCUUCCCUGCUUCCCAUUACCCUCACCACCAACACUCGGUCAAUGAUUAUUAUGUUGGACAUGUUCUUAGCAGCACUAGUAGUAGUAGCCCCUCACAGUAUGGUCAUGGUCACCCAAAUGUGAACUAUGGAGCAUCACCACCGGAGCCCGCCAACUACACUUGCAUUGGUGCACCUGUGGGACCCGGAGGAGGAGGAGGUGGCGGUGGAGGUGGAGGUGGUGGUAGAGACGGGUCACUGCACAUGAACCAGGAGGAGGGAUUGAAUUGGAGCAGGAGCUAUGCAGGGACACAGCAGCGUUUGGAUCCUCCUCCUUCGAUCAAUCGAUUUCAACCUGGCUUCUAA